UUGGCCCCUUCUCCAGUGGGAUGAAGCAUUUGUGGCAUUGCACCUCCUCCUUAUUUCUGAGUUUUGUGCACGUUUGCCUGGUUCAGGCAAAUUAUGCCCCCUAUUUCUUCGAUAACGGAGACAGAAGCACGAACGGGAACAUGGCACUUCUUAGCCUUUCGGAGGAUACAUCCAUUGGCACCCACGUGUACACUCUGAACGGCACUGACCCCGAAGGAGAUCCCGUGACGUACGGCCUGACCUAUGAAGCUGGAUCAAGGCGCUACUUCUCUGUUGACAAGCACCUUGGAAACGUUACCCUGGUUGAGGAGCUUGACAGAGAGAAGGAAGAUGAGAUUGAAGUUAUAGUCAGUAUUUCAGAUGGCCUGAGCACAGUUUCUGAAAAAGUCAGGAUCCUUGUAACAGAUGCUAAUGAUGAGAGCCCAGAGUUCAUCAAUACACCUUACAUAGUCCAAGUCCCAGAGAACACCCCCUCAGGCAGCAGCAUAUUUAAGAUUGAGGCAGUAGACAAAGACACAGGUUCUGGAGGAAGUAUCACCUACUUCUUGCAGAACAUCCAUGCUAAUAAGUUUACAAUAGACCGUCACAGUGGUGUUCUGCGCAUCAAAACAGGGGUCACCCUGGACUAUGAAAAAUCAAGAACCCAUUUUGUUGUCGUCGUAGCCAAGGACGGUGGUGGGAAGCUCAGGGGAGACAACAAAGUGUUUUCAGCCACAACAACAAUUACUGUCAAUGUGGACGAUGUUCAGGACACUCCUCCCAUGUUCAUCGGGACUCCCUACUAUGGAUAUGUUUAUGAAGAUACCCUCGCAGGCUCCGAGGUACUUACUGUUGUUGCUCUUGAUGGAGACAGAGGAAAGCCUAACAGCAUUCAUUACAGCAUCGUGAAUGGAAGUGAAGGUUCGUUUGAAAUCAGCAACACAACUGGAGCUGUUUCUGUUAUAAAAAGCCCAAAUCAGCUUAAGAAAGAAGUCUAUGAACUAAAAGUUCAGGCAUCAGAAGUCAGUCAAGAAGGUGACAUCUCAGUGUAUGCUUUUGCCACCGUGACUAUACGGGUGGUCGACCUCAACAACCAUCCACCGACGUUCUAUGGAGAAAAUGGUCCCCAGAACCGAUUUGAACUGACCAUGUAUGAGCAUCCCCCAGAGGGAGAAAUCUUGAGGGGACUGAAGAUUACAGUCAAUGAUUCAGAUCAGGGAGCCAAUGCUAAAUUCAACCUCCGUCUUGUUGGACCUGGUGGCAUCUUCCGAGUUGUUCCCCAAACUGUCCUGAAUGAAGCUCAGGUUACAGUAAUAGUGGAAAAUUCUGCUGCUAUUGACUAUGAAAAAUUCAAGGUGUUAACCUUCAAGCUCCUGGCGAUAGAGGUGAACACACCUGAGAAAUUCAGCUCAACAGCUGACGUAGCAAUACGCUUGCUGGACACCAAUGACAACGUGCCCAAGUUCUCCUCUGACUACUACAUCGCCAGGAUCCCGGAGAACUCCCCCGGGGGCUCCAACGUGGUCGCUGUAACA